UUCUCUUCUUCAUUUCUGGGAAUUUCCGGAAAACAAAUUCCGAUGGCCGCGAUCUACAGUCUCUACAUUAUCAACAAAUCCGGGGGCUUAAUCUUCUACAAGGAUUAUGGAUCGGCGGGACGGAUGGACACGAAUGAUAGCUUGCGAUUAGCGAGUUUGUGGCAUUCGAUGCAUGCGAUUUCUCAGCAGUUAUCUCCAACUUUGGGUUGCUCGGGGAUCGAGCUCCUUGAAGCUGAUACAUUCGACCUCCAUUGCUUCCAAUCGCUCACUGGGACAAAGUUCUUUGUUGUAUGUGAGCCUGGAACACAGCACAUGGAGGGUCUUUUGAAAGUCAUCUAUGAAUUGUACACUGAUUAUGUACUAAAGAAUCCCUUCUACGAAAUGGAGAUGCCCAUACGAUGUGAGCUUUUUGAUAUCAACCUAUCCCAAGCCGUACAGAAGGAUCGUGUUGCCUUGUUGGGGCGAUGACCCACCCUUGUCUUACUAUGUGUUAUUUUUGUCUGUAAAUUUUUAGAACAAUCCCUUUGCCAAGUUUGUUCAAACUUGAUAUCUGUUAAUUCUAGUUUUAUGGAUGAUUGAAAUACUACAGCUAUUAACAACUUUAAGAGAUAUGGCUUUCUUGGGGCUUGACUUAUUUCA